AAAUUUGACUAUCAUAAAUAUUUAAUACAAUUUUGAUCAUUAAUAUGAUCAAGAAUUAAAAUUAUUUGUCAUAUAGAAGAAUUGAAUUGUCUACAAUUUAGAUAAUGACAAUAUUUUACUUUAACAAAUCUAUUUUGUGCUCGCCAUCAACAAUUAUUUUUGUUUAAGAUUGGAUUCAAAAUCAGGAUUCAAUGAGAUCUUCAGUUAGUGCCAUUUUGUCGACUCCAACACAAGACCCAAACAUGUCACAUCCUGACUAUGAAAUGACUGUGCAUGAUCACGGUACUUUACUUAUACUAGUGAAACAUCUGGGUGAAGAAUUGUCAUCAAAAAACUUUAAUCGUCUUUUUGAACGUAUAUGUCGGAUAAACCAGUUACGUUUAGUAGAUGGUACUGGUGCAGAACGAUGUGUUCAAGCAAGAUAUAUCAAAGAGUAUCCAGUUGGUAACAAUGAUUGGGGUGAUUUUCAAACACAUCGACGCCUUUUGGGUCUUAUAACUAUUUCUAAAUGCAAACUUCAAAUUGAAUUAAAUGAAAUAUGUAGAUUACAUGAGAGCUUAAAAGUUAAAUAUCAAUCUACUCUAUAUGAUUCAAGAUGUAUAAUAUUUGGUGUAAAUGCUCCAAACUCUCCAGAAUUAAGUACACCAUCAAAUUUCAAGUCAAGAGAUGUAUAUUAUGCUAGUGAUAAUGAUCCAAAUCCUUCAAUUGAAAUGCAUUUAAAUGAAUUUUUGUCCUCUUUAUUUUGGGUAUUAGAUGCCAAACGACUGGAAAAAUCAAAAGAAAAAUUGGAUAAAGCCACCUUGUUAAUUGCACCAUUUGAAAAACGUAAUAUCAUUGGCUUAGACAUGGAAUCUAGAGCUAAUAAAAAACGUUGUAUGGGACGUGUAACCAAGCAUUUGGCUGAUUUAAAUCUGCAAACUGGUUUUUUAAAUGAUGCUCUUAAUUUCUAUCAAACUGCUAUAGAUACACUACGUUCUUGUAAUGAUUGGCUUUGGUUAGGAGGUUGUCUGGAAGGGUUAUGUGCAACAUCAUUAAUGAUAUUGCAACCUCAAAAUCAACUGACAAAAUCAAAUUUUCAAAGAAAUGCUUCACUUCAAGAACGUCAUUCUAGAUUUAAAUUUAGACCAUUAUCCACAAAUGCUGGUUUUGUUUCAUUAGAUGAUAAUGUUGUCAGAUCUUCAUUGCCUCAGAAUUUACUUAACAUUGACGAUAUUUAUAAAAAUUAUGGUGAAGCUUUGAAACAUUAUAGUAAAUAUUUAAAUGCUGGAGUAGUAUUAACCGAAGGAAGUCUAAAAGCUGCUCGUAUAGCUGUUGACCAUCAUCAUUUUAUACAUGUCCAUUAUUUUUUACAAAAUGUUUUACCUGUAAACUUGACUUUGACUGAUGAGGAAAAAAUUCAGCGUUUAAUGAAAUUAGCUGAAUUAUACUCAGAAAUUGGUUUUCAUCGUAAAGCAUCAUUUUUUCAAUGGUUGGCUUCAAAAAGAUAUGUUUCUGCUAGUAAUCCACAUACCUCAUGGGAACAGUGCUAUCAGUUAUUACUUAAAAUGUUGCCAGGACAUAAGUUAUCUUUGGAUCCAAAUGAUUAUGUACCUGGAGGGCAAUUUGGAUGGCCUGAAUUACAGCGACAAGUAGUUAAUGAAAUUGUUUUAGCUGCAAAAAGAGUUGGAAACGCUAGUUUAGCAACAAGGCAUUGUACAUUCUUAUUACAAACUAUGUGGUGGAUGAUGGACAAAGUAGAAAGAAGUGCUUAUGCUACACAACUGUCUGUAUUAUCUGCGCAAUGUGAAGGUUCUCCUGUUCCUCUUGUAUUGGAUAAUGGGCUUGUAAUACCUCCAGCAAAUCUUUUAAAUAUACCACAACCUGAAAACUUUUCUGUUCAAAAUUUAAAACUUCACUUAAGGCCACAUAAGUUAGUUAAAGCUAAAGAAGAUUUUGGUCCAUUUUUAUUUACUCCAUUGAAGUUUGGCUCAAUGGAAAAAUAUAAUAUUAAAAGUAAUAAAAUGGAAUAUGUUUGGGUAAUAAAUGAACCUUGUGAAGUUAUAUUAGAACUCAGUAAUCCAUUAAAUUUUGAAUUAGAAGUAACUAAUAUUCUUCUAUUAACUAAUGGCGCUGUCUUUGAAAGUAUUCCAUUUUCUAUAAACUUACCACCAGAAAUUAGUUAUCAAAAUGUGGUGUUAACUGGUAUACCUAAAGAAGUGGGGAACAUUGAAAUUAAUGGUUAUUCAACUCAUACGCUAGGAGUGAAAUCUAAUUGUCGUCUUAAAAAUAUUCCAAAUGUACCAGAAACAACAUAUAAUGUACAAGUUAUCCCGUCAAUGCCGUGUCUAGAAGCAUUCAUUUUAGACUCAAAAAAUGAUACUAUAUCUAAUAUUACAUUAUUUGCUGGUGAAAGUCUGGAUUAUAAUCUAAAAAUAUUAAAUGUCGGAUCAAUUUCUGUUGAUCUUUUGGAAAUAUCAAUUGAAUCAACUAUUGAAAAUUCAUUAAAAAAUAGCAUAAUUAAAGUUGAUACUGAAAAUAUAAAAGAUUAUUUGCCAAUAACUCCUAAAUCAGAAAUUGUUAUGGGUAUUCAUUUAACUGGUGCAUUAAAUUUCCUUUCCAGCAACCAAUAUCCACUGGCAGAACUAAAUAGUUUGAAAAGUAGUUUAACUAUAUCUGGUCCGAGUUCAUAUCCUUCAUUACAUAGUCCUAAACAAAGAAAUGAAAGAUUGUCUCCUAUGACUGCUUCAUCUUUUCGAUCAGGAGAAAGCAGUUUAAAUUCAAAUUGUUCAAGAUAUAGAAGUCCAACUGAUAUAACAUCUUUAAAAGUAAUUGAAUUUAAUAUUAAAAUAAAAUAUGCCGGAGGUGAAGGUAUGGCUGCUGGUUAUUGCAGGAUAAUUUCAUGUCUUUUAUCUUUAAAUAUAUUCAAUUCUGUAUUAGUAACUGGAUGGGAUGUCUUACAAGCAGAAACGGGUUCUCAAUUUUAUUUGGUACUUGAUGUUGUAAAUGUCACUAAUCAAGAAAUGGAACUUAAAUAUGCAACAAAUAAAAGCAUUUUAAUGGAAGAAAAAGAAUCUUACAGAAUUCCAGUACCUGUUGAUAGAUUUUUAAUUCAUAGUUUAGAACAGGUUAGUAGUAGUGAAGAAGGACAAGCUGAUAUGGUAUCCCAAUGCAACAAACAUAUAGCUGAACAAGUUUUGUUAAGAUGGUCAGUUAAUUCAUAUGAUGAUUUACCACCCAGAUGGGGUGUUGCAAAAUUAUACGGUCUUACACUGUGUCCUCAAAUGCUUGAUAUUGUUUGCACAUCACCUAUUUAUUGGGAAAUAAAUUUAAAUGAAGAAAAAAUUGUAAGUGAGUGUGAUGAAAAGCUAUUAUCGGAAACAUCUCAAUAUCCUGUUGGUCAACAACUAAAGCUACAAAUUUGGGUACACAAUUCUCUUAUGUCUCCAUUGGAUGACGUUACAUUGGAACUGAAUUUUUACCAGGACUAUCAGAAUGGAACUACAAAUAGUCAAUUAGGAAAUAGAUUAGCUACUACUGGAUCAACUAAGACUCAUACAACUAGAGUUAACAAACAUGAUAGGUUAUAUCAUGAAUGUGGGGUAAUAUUUUUCUACCCAGGUCAAUACAAAUUGAAUUUGCAGUGUCAAACAUUAAAGCAACAUAUAUGGAAAUUAAUACCUCCAUUACAGUUGGAUAUUACUGCUGAAUAAAUAAUAAAUAUAAUAUUUAUCCAUAUAUUUAUAUUUCAUUGCUUAAUUUAAAAAUUAUUAAUUGAGGUUAAGAAAAUAGUUGUCAAUUUAAGACUUAUAAUAUUUACUGCCAUGGUAU